AUGGCAUCACUUACAACAUCUGGAGCUUUUUUACCAAGUUCUUCAGAUACAACUGGUUUUUCACCGGCUCAUUUAUCAUCACCAUCUAGUUAUUAUCCACAAUCACCGAGAUAUCCAUCAAAUGAUUCAAUUAAUAUUUAUGAAUCAAAAUUACCUUAUUACAAUCCAACAAGUUCAAAUUAUUCAACAACUGGAGGAAGACAAGAUUCAGCAUCACCAUAUUAUUCUUCAAAAAGUCCAGGAUGUUCUUCAUCAUCACCCGGUUAUUCAACAUAUGGACCAUCAUCUAAGUAUUCUCGUCAAAGUUCAUCUUAUUUCUCCAUCCAAUCCAUGAUACACUCGAACAAGCCCAUCAUACAUUUAACAUCACCGAGUUACAGUCCAACAUGUGUACCUCAAUAA